AUGCUCGACACGACGUACGACCGCAGGUGUGAGGACGCCGAAGCGGCAGCUGAAGCGCGACUGGUGGCGCAUUUCGAGGAGUAUGGAGGAGACGUGUGGACGAUUGGCUCGGGAUGCCACAGCUGCCGUGCGACGCUCAACGACGUUGUUGGCAGCGGUCUGAAGCGGUGUGCGCCGUGUGGCGCAGCUCUGUUCUGCGGUCGCGCGUGUCAAGUGCGUGCGUGGCCUGCGCACAAGGCCGAAUGCUGCGUCAUUGCGACGUUCAAGCGACUGGGCACGAGCGGCGACACGUCUGAAUCAAAACUCGCUUCGCUGCUCGAGACGCUGACGUUCUCAACGUGCUGCAAGAAGGUCGAUGGGCCCAAGACGGCGGGCGUUGCAAGCUCGAUCGGCAUGAGCGGUUCGAUGCUUCCAGGCUGGUUCUUCGCGGUCGACUAUGAACAGGCGCCGAAAGAGCAGCAAAAAGGUCUGUACCAAGCGGUGCUGGAGCUAUAUGGACUGCUCAAGGACGAUGAGUGCUGGACUCGUGACAAGGAGAGCUUUCCACGUUCGAGCUACACGCUAGUGGAGUCACUACCUCGUGCUUUUCCUGCCGCAGCGAAACUGCAAGCGAAGUUUGUCGAAAUGAACGGACCUCUCUUGCUGUUCUCAGCAUGGCUGCAACACCCGGAGCCGCCUGCCACGCAAGCCACUCCACUCGAGGACCGGAGUUUCUUUGGCGUCGUCGAUUCGCUGCUGCAGAUCAGCACUCUUCGCGACAGUGUUGAUGCCUUCAUGCAAGCAGAAUAA